CCAGUGAAACACUUCUUCCGUCCCUUCCCAGUGCUCCUCUCCACCAAAUCUCACGAAUCCUCACUGUCAUGACGGACACCGACGGCGGCGCCGCAGACCCUGAGUCUGCUCAGGCGGUCGAGGCCAAGAUGGAGGCUAACCCUCCCACUGGGACGGACGCACCCUUAGCUGUCCCCGUCGAGCAACAGAAGUGGCCUGGCUGGCCAGGGGACAACGUCUUCCGCCUCAUCGUGCCCGUGACCAAGGUGGGAAGCAUCAUUGGAAAAAAGGGUGAGUUUAUUAAGAAAAUUUGCGACGAGACCCGCGCCAAGGUCCGUAUUCUCGAAGGGGCUGUCGGCACUCCCGAACGCAUCGUUUUGGUAUCAGCAAGAGAAGAACCAGAGGCAGCAUUAUCGCCUGCAAUGGAUGCUGCUUUAAGAGUUUUCAAGCGUGUCAAUGACAUCUCAGAGGAUGAUGGUCCAUCUACUCCAUGUUCAGUUAAAUUAUUGAUUGCAUCAUCCCAAGCAAUUUCUUUAAUAGGAAAGCAAGGUUCGUCAGUUAAAGCUAUACAAGAAAAUUCUGGUGCUAGUGUACGCAUUCUGUCUAAAGAGGAACUUCCAUAUGCAGCUGCAGAAGAACGAAUUGUGGAUAUACAAGGUGAAACUUCAAAGGCUCUGAAAGCACUUGGAGCAGUACUUGCUCACCUCAGAAAAUUUCUUGUUGAUCACAGCAUAUUGCCUCUGUUCGAAAAGAGCAUUGUGCCACCAGCAGUGCACGAUCAUGCAAAAGAGCCUUGGGUUGAUAAAACACAAUCCUUGAUUCAUUCUGUUCAACAAACUGGAUCUGGAAAGGAUUUCCCAGUUUCAUCGAACUUACUGCAUCUGGAAAAUAGAACUCCAGUUGAUUUGCCAUACCAACGUGCUAGAUUGUCAAUAUAUGGUCAAGAUCCCUCUGCAACACGCACACCAGCACUAGGGCGUACAGCUGGUUCUUUGAUUUCUCAGAUCACCCAAACCAUGCAGAUUCCCCUUGCAUAUGUGGAGGAAAUCAUUGGUAUUGGAGGAGGACAUAUAUCAUUCAUACGCCGUACAAGUGGAGCUGUUAUUACACUUGAGGAAAGUAGAACUGUACCUGAUGAAAUAGUAAUUGAGAUAAAAGGCAAUUCAACUCAGAUUCAAACUGCUCAGCGGCUAAUUGAGGAUGUUAUAACUGGGCAUAAAGAACCAGCAUCCAGGGGCUAUAGCAGCCUCGACAUUGAUUACCGAUCAUCUUACCCCAGCUUAUCAAGUUCAGGGUACCUAUCUUCGUCUCUCAGUGGCUAUGGAUCUUCCAGUCUAGGAGGGUAUGGUGCCUACAGGCUCUGAAUUAUAGUGACCUGCUUUUUUACCCCAAAACUAAACUGUAUGAACCAUGAAUGGUAUUUUAGCUAUUGUGGUGAAGGUUUAAGCUUGCAUUAGGUAAUGUUCAAAUUCUUAAUCGAUCAAAUUUUUAUAUUCUCAAUAGAAUUCAUGAUUGUAUCAUCUUAAUGGGAUCAAAUUUUUAAUGUUGUAUUAUCGGAUGACAAAAGAUGAAGCCGUCAUUUUAGCA